CUGAUUCAACAACGCUCACAGUUCUCCCGAACUUCAUCCGUCAACACACCCACCCGUCGCCGACGUCCCACCCAAACGCCCACAUGUCGUCCUAUCCCCCACCUCCAGCCGCAUACUUGACCUCCUCCCUCUCUCACCCCAACCAAAGCGCCGACAACAACAAACACGACCCCCUCAACCAGCUUCACACCGCGUCCGCCCAGCGCUACGAUGCUAACACGCGGCCUCUUCAGUUCCCCGGCCUCAGCUCCAUCCCCAACGCCAACGCGCAGCAACAGCACGUAGGCAAUGGCCGAUACGGCGGAACUCCCACUGCCGCCCAGCUAGAGGCACAGAAGGGGAAUCGCCUGCGCAAAGCCUGCGACUCUUGUAGUAUCCGCAAGGUGAAAUGCGAUGAGGCAGGCCCGCCCUGUCGCGCCUGCGCCGCCCUCGAGAUCCCAUGCACAUUCGAGCGCCCCUCGAGGCGCCGCGGGCCCCCAAACCGACACGCUGAGAGCAUCAAGCGGCAGCGACUUGAAGAAGGCUCGCCCUCGCGACAGUUCGCGACGCCGUCCCCUACGAGUCCCUCGAACGUCGCCGCGACACUCGCAUCCUUCUCUUCACACGCCGUGUUGAGCGCCGAGUCCAUAUGCCCCUUCUCGAUCCUAGAGCUGCUCGUCGACGACUUCUUCACAUACAUUCACCCGCUUGCGCCGUUCCCGCAUGAACCCAGCUUCCGCGCGGCCUUCAAGCAGCGCGAGGACCUGUCGAACCCGUCGUUUCUGGCGCUACUGGCAAGCAUGGUCGGAAUGCUGGCGGCGUCAUUCCCGCGCAAACCAAUGAUGCAUCUCAAGGCGCAACACCAGGAGAAGCUGUUCUCCAGCUCGAUUUCCCUGGUCGAGCGGUGCCAUAAGGUUGCGGUGGAGGCGAGAGGGGCGGGAUACCUGGAUCGCGACUUGACUAUGUAUGAUGCCGUGACGAGCUACUUUCUGGGGCUGGCGGGCGCGUAUACGAUUAACUGGCACCAGUGCAGGUUAUACUUUGGAGAGACGUUCACGAUUAGUCGUGCGGUGGGGGUGCAGCGCGCGAAUGAGAAUGCGAAGAUGGGGGAUAAUAAGGUGGACUUUAUUAAGCAGGAGAUAGGGAGGAGGAUGUUCUGGGUUAUGGUCGUGGGCGUUCGGUCAAUGCAACAACUCGGCGCCAGCUUCGCCGAACUCACCAUCCCUCCCCCGACUCCCUCAAGCCCCUACCCCCCGUUCCCCCUCCCCAUCGACGACCAAUACAUCUUCGCAACCCACAUCGUCGCCCAACCCCCCGGCGCCAUCUCCAAACUCACCGGCUUCAACCUCGGCAUCCAGAUCUACAUGACCUGCACCCCCCUCGCGACGAUGGAACUCGCCUACGGAAUCGACGAGCUCUUCGACUGGCCGCGUCAAAAGCGCGUCCUCGAAGAAUGCGUCGAGAACGUAAAGCGCACGCUUGAAAACAUCCCCUCCGAGCUCCGCCUCGAAGCCGGCAACGAGCCCGGACGCUUCGGCCACGAGCCGCCCCACGGCAGCAACUCCACCAACGACUCGCACCAGCACGGCACGAUACACUCCUCUCCCCUCCGCGAAGACACGUCGAAACCGCUGUACUACCCGCACGCCCAGCCCCAAGGCUUCGGGCAGAUCUAUCCUCCGCCACCGCCGCCGCAGCGCCACACGACCAACGAGUCGCCAGUAGACGAGAAGCGCCAACUUCAGUACGAGAUCCAGAAAGCCAAUAUUUACGCCUCGCAACUAGGGACGCGCAGCUACCUCGUCGAGAAAUACUUCAACCUCCUCGACGCGCACGAAGCUAGACUCAACGCCGCCGCGUCCGGCCAACAACCCCCGCCACAACAACGCGAGAGCACCACCCAUGACAGCGGGCGCAUGAUCAGCCCCACCGGCACCUUCCUCCAUCCCGUCCCCGCACCACUAGAGAUGGCCGUCGAAGCAACCUUCGACGCCAUCGCAACACGCAUGGCCGCCGAGCGAGAGACGAUCGUCCAAGACCUGCUCCGCGUGCUGGGUAGUAUCAGCCAAGUGAACAUGGAGCCCAAUGGCGGGUCAUUCCUGAAUAAAAUCCGGCAGAUCGCAGCGACGCUCUUAGAUACGCCGAGGAAUCAUAAGGGACCGCUGACGAGGCGGGCGGAGGAGUAUUUGGGCAGGUUUGUGGAUGUGUUGAUGAGGUUUGAGGGGGGAGGGCGGGGGAAGGAGGAGGAGGGGGAGAGUGAGUUGAGGAAUUGGGCGGAUUUGAGGGAGUAUCAGAGUAGGUUUGCCAAGGGGGGUGGGUUUAUGAAUGAUGAGGUUAUUUAGUGGGUGUUUUGGUGUUGGUUGGUGUUUUGGUUGUUAUUUAUGAGACGGGACUUUGGGUGAAGGUGCAAAAAUAGCGAUGUAUUGCAAGUCUCGUAGGCUGGUGACGGCACACUAUACCAGGCGUAAAUUGCUUGAAUACUGCCUGGGGUUUCUCUAGUUGCUGCUCGUAUAUAACAUAUCUCGCGAAAGAAUGGGCAUGCAACCUGCUUCAAACGAAAAACAUUGUUGAUUUGUCCGUGGGAUACACUUUUGGGACAGAUUGGUGGUGUGGGCACCUCGUGAGCGGCAUCUCAGGAACCCUAUUCAGACGUUCAGGUGUUACGAUACAGAAGCUCGAUAGUUUCUCACCGCCACAUACCUCUUCCUACCGCUGUAAUUUCUUGUCGUCACAGAGCCAUUCCUGUCACCGCCGUAGAUUCUUGCCGCUACACAACUAUUCCUGGUUCUACAGCUUCUUCCGUCCAGCGUAUGGAUACAACGCCCAAACCCAAGCCGCGGAUAGAUUCAGGCUGAAAAUGGACUCCUUUGGACGUUCAAUAGACGCCGCAUUAGCUACUGACAUCUUUUAUAAUACUAUGGUCGCAACUCUGGG